GUCGUGUACCACAGUCGGUGAAACAAUUGAAAUCAGGUGUAAACACUUGAUCAGUAGUAGGGAUGAGAGGAAGGUGCGUUCGGACUGUACGGAUGUGUGGAUGCACAAAGCGAGGAAAGCGGUUAUAAGUUGAAAUGGAAUCUAGGCUAGCAAACGGUCUUAAACUCUUAUAUUUUAAGAGGCCGGGGCCAUUUGAUCCAGGACGAGUGGGUGCACGACUUCCAGAAGCAUAUAGAAAAUUUUGGGAUGAAUGGAAGGUUAGAAAGCCGGAGCCUGUCCACUACGUGCCAGAACCAGGGAAGUGGAGGCGUGACCCAGUAACUGGUGUGGUAACUCCAGUACAAAAUGUACCAAUUCCUGUAAAAUAUCCAGCUGAAAGUCAUAAGGGACUUUGGGGUGGAGAAGGUGUUAUCCAAGGUUUCACAAAGAAGAAACGAACUGUCAGAAGAAAUCCAUACUUCUGGACUCCGAAUUUAAAACGAUCAGUUGUGUAUAGUGAAAUCUUGGAUAAAUAUAUGUCUGUUGUUGUCACUGAAAGGACAAUAAACUUGAUCCACAAGAAUUGUGGAUUUGACCACUAUAUUUUGAAGACCCCUGCAUGUGAUCUAAAAUCAGAGCUAGCAGUACGAGUUAAGCGACAGCUUCUAACAGCUUUGCUGAAGAAAGAUUAUCACACUGAUAACUCUGAAAAGCAGAAACAGAUACAUGAAGAUUAUGGUCAUUAUUUGAAAUCGUACACUGAAGAGGAAAUUGAGUGGUAUGGUCUGACCUAUCGUGAAGCCUGCAGAAAACUCAAACAGUCAGAUGAGGCUAUGUCUGAGCCAAAGCCCCUAAAGCAUCAGUUCAGGGCUGAACUGCUUGCUGAAUUACUAGAAGAAACUCUAGUCACUGAUAAAAUUGUCCCAAAGGAAAGUGGAGGUUCAUGGCUGUCAAGAAUAAAUCCUUUUGCUACUAAGGAAGAAAAACCAUCAGCAUAAGAAGAAACCCUUAUUUAUAAAAGUUUUAUGACUAAGUAAAUAACCUGCUUCAUAAAAAAAAUAUUUUUUUAUGAGAGAAAAUUGAUGUAACCUGUAGCAUGUUGGCUGACUUUUAUUGAAGUGUAGUGCAACUACAAAAGCAAUAACUUGGGUAACACAAAACCCAGUGCAUCUGCUUUUGAGGGAAGUCCGCAUAAAGUUAAUGUCCCAGAUUAAUAGCUAUUGAUCUGCAACUCAAGCAAUCCUAGGUCUGGUUUUUAGUUUCCCCAUUUUUCCCAUAAAAAGAAUAUGCUAACACAUAGCUGGUAACUAUGUUUUUUAAAAUCUGUUAAUUUUCAAGACUUGCCAACAACUUAAUGUUAUAUGGUAACAGAAAUCAUAUAGCCAAAGAAGUAGAUUUGAAAAUUACUAUUGUUAUAGCAGCUGAAUUUACUGAAUUAAAAUAAGUGCACAAUACCAAA